AUGCAAUAUAUCUAUGAUGUUCUCUCCACACGAAAACUUAGGAAGUUCACAAUGGUUUCACAGCAAAACCUAAAGGAUCAUGAUGAAAUGCUCAUGAGAAUCCAAAAUAAUGGUGUUAAAAUGGAUCUUGUUCAAGCAAUUCUUGAAAGUCAAUUCAAUGGCAAAGUCACAAUUGACACAUUAUUAAUCUUUGCAAACCUCAUGGCAAAGAAACAUGGUCUCUUUCUCGAUAGAUUAGCAAGAAGGAAUAAAACUGCUCUAAUUUGCUGGUACACCGAGAACUGGAACACCAUUCAACCUUUUAUUGGAGAAAUAAAUCCAGCAUCAAAAUCAAAAAAUUCUAUUAAAAAUGAUAAAAUUGAAUCAAAAGACUAUAAUCCUAACAUCGACCCAUCAGAUAUAUUCCAAUUAUUGAAUUAUCACGAUUAA